AAACAUUCGGACAUAUUUCCUAGCAACCCCAUGCUCAUGUGCAUUUGCGGAUCUUCGGGUUGUGGAAAGACUUACCUCACUUUUAACAUGUUGACAACACCCAACCUUUUAGAUUUCAAGUCUCUGUAUAUUUACACGACUACUCCCGAACAAUCCUAUUAUCAGUUUCUCAAAGCUUUGGAAUACAAUGCGGAAAUAAAAGACAUUUUAGACGGCUUUAUCAAAGAAAAGAAUCCUUCUCUGAAACCGACCGACGUCAAAGUGUUUCUGACUAAAAAUGUCAACGAUUUAGACUUGUCUAAAAUCGACAACCACCGAAAGAACUUGAUUGUCUUUGACGACUGCGUGGCACAAAAAAGUCAAACCGUUCAACAAGAAUUCUUCACGAAAGGAAGACAUCACAAUUGUCACUGCAUAUAUCAAUCCCAAUCUUUCUACGGAAUGGACGCCAUGUUUAUCAGAAAGAACGCAAAUUGUUUUUUAUUAUUCGAAUUAAACGACAAAGAUUUAUCUCAAAUCAUUCAGUCGAUAAAUCACGGAAUGGACAGAGACACGUUUAAAAAGGUUUGUAAAACUCAAUGGAGAAACCCGGAUGAUCAUGGAUAUGUAUUUGUUAAUACUAGAAAACCUGCGGGAGAAAGAGUUAUGACAGACAUAUGUUAA